AUGGUAGAAGCGGAAGGAAACCCCACUACGUGGAAGUUCACGCAGUGCUUCGGUGACAAGGGUGAUGUCGAAGACAUAACAGAAGGUACGGCUGACAUCAUCUCCACCGUUGAAUUCGAUCAAACGGGCAAUUACCUGGCCACCGGAGACAAGGGCGGUCGCGUGGUACUAUUCGAGCGAAACGAAACAAAAAAAACGUGCGAGUACAAGUUUCACACCGAGUUCCAGUCACACGAGCCCGAGUUCGACUACCUCAAAUCGCUUGAGAUAGAAGAGAAGAUCAACAAGAUCAAGUGGUGCCGGCGACAAAAUGCUUCACAUUACCUGCUCUCGACUAAUGACAAGACAAUAAAGCUCUGGAAAGUGUUCGAGAAAUCGUUAAAGGUGGUGGCGGAGAACAAUCUUUCACAUGAGUUAACCCCAGGGGGCGGUGUCGCUGGUGGAGGUGGUCCUGUGCGGAAUCCCAACGUGAACUUCCGGAACGCCUCCGACCUGAAGCUGCCGCGGUUGACCCACCAUGACACCGUUGUGGCCGCUGUGCCGCGAAAGACUUAUGCCAAUGCCCACGCUUAUCACAUCAAUAGCAUAUCAGUCAACAGUGAUGGGGAGACCUUCAUCAGCAGCGAUGACCUCCGGAUCAAUUUGUGGAAUCUCAACAUCCAGGACCAGAGCUUCAACAUCGUAGACAUCAAACCGGCGAACAUGGAAGAGCUGACUGAGGUGAUUACCGCUGCCGAGUUCCAUCCACAGAGCUGCAACUGGUUUAUGUACGCGAGUUCCAAGGGGACUAUUAAGCUGGCCGACAUGCGCGAGAGCGCGUUAUGCGACCAACAUGCCAAGCAGUUCGAGCAAGAGGAGGAUCCAUCAUCCCGCUCAUUCUUCUCAGAAAUCAUCUCCUCGAUAUCAGAUGUUCGCUUCUCGCACGAUGGCCGAUACAUUCUCUCCCGCGACUACCUUACGGUGAAGAUCUGGGAUGUUAACAUGGAGCGAACGCCAAUCAAGACCAUCCCGAUUCACGAGCAUCUCCGACCGCGACUGUGCGAUACGUACGAGAACGACAGCAUCUUCGACAAGUUUGAGGUGGUGUUCUCCGGUGACGCAAAGAACGUCAUGACCGGCAGCUACAACAACAACUUCAUGAUUUAUCCGUCUGAUCCAGAGAAAGACACGGAAGUGGUGCUCCAAGCAGAUAAGUCGGCAUUCAAAGCUAAGAAGGUUGGCAUACCGACACCCAUGAACUCUUCAACAAGCCCCACCAGCAGCUCCGCUAAGAAGGGAGGUUCAAGAGCGGGUAGCCCAGCCGCUGGAGCCGCUGGGCAGGGACAGCGCAUGAGGAAGGAGACGGACGCAGACCAGAUCGACUUCAAUAAGAAAAUUCUACACAUGAGCUGGCAUCCAUUCGAGGACAGCAUUGCCAUUGCGGCUACCAACAAUCUUUUCGUGUUUUCAGCCUUGUAA